AGAAAGAAAGGCGAAAUCCUCUGAACACACCCUUAUUCCCAUAAGACGUGAACGCCGCAUUAAUCACCCCUCACUCGUGGGCGUGGUCUCGUCUAAAUGGGGAGGAGUUGUUUGCGUGCGUGUGCGUAUGUUUGUGUGCGUGUUAUGUAUGUGUGUGUGUAUGUGUAUGUGUGUGUGUGUCCUCCCUGGCCGCAUGAGAUGAGCUUCCUGCAGUCUUUGCGGCCACUGUUUUCGCCUCCUCCUCCUCUUCUUCUUGUCCAGUCCGGGAAUGUUGACCACCGUGGCCUGAUCCACCGCUGCCGAGUGUCCCUUCAUCUCCAGACUGCCACUCUCCGUGUUUGUCUCUGACGGUCGCAGCCUUCCUUCCCCUCUGUAAGGUUCUGCUCUGUCCGACUCGCACUGAAACUGAUCCAACUGAGCAAAUUGUACGAAACAGCUCAGAAACACAAAACAUGGCUGUGGCCGGAUGUCCGGAUUAUUUCCUGCAUCAUCCAAAUUAUCAGCAGGACAAUAUAGACCGCUCCUCCAAUCACAGACAAGCUGAACUCAUUGGUCCAGCCUUCCAGCAAUCAGCCAAUCGAGGUUCUCCUAACCAUCAAGAGGAUGACGUCGAUUUAGAGGCCCUGGUGAAUGAUAUGAACUCUUCACUGGAGAGCCUGUACUCCACCUGCAGUGGUCAGCAGACAGAUACCACUCCACUGCUGCACAAUGGACAGACGUCUUCCACACACCAUCAUCAUCACACGCAACACAACCAACCUCGGCAGGGUCAGCACUCACACGCGCUAAGCCACGUCUCCCCAGAGCCGCCUUCCUCCUCCUCGUCUGCGGACUCACCCCAAACCGGCCUCCGACGGUCUCAGCCCAUGCAUAUCCUUGCUGUCAGGAGGCUGCAGGAGGAGGAGCAGCAGCUGAGGACAUCAUCUCUCCCAGCCAUCCCAAACCCAUUCCCUGAGCUCUGCAGUCCAGCAAGCUCCCCUGUCCUCAGUCCUGGCUCCCUACCUCCUGGAGAACCCUCCACUGGAAAUUACAUUGUGAAGAUCUUCAGUGAAGACGGUAUGGGCAAAGUGGUGGAGAUCCCAGCUGACAUGACAGCCAGAGAUCUGUGCCAGCUCCUGGUUUAUAAAAGCCAUUGUGUGGACGACAACAGUUGGGCACUUGUUGAACACCACCCGUUGCUAGGACUAGAGCGAUGUCUAGAAGACCAUGAGCUGGUGGUUCAGGUCCAGGCCUCUAUGAACAGCGACAGUAGAUUCCUCUUUAGGAAGAACUAUGCCAAAUAUGAAUUCUUCAGAAACCCACUGACAUUUUUCCCGGAGCACAUGGUUGCAUGGUGCCAGGAAACCAGUCGUACAAUUCCACCAUCUCAGCUCCUUCAGAACUUCCUAGCGACUAGUAGUUGUCCAGAGAUCCAAGGGUAUCUGUAUGUGAAGGAGGUGGGUAGGAAGUCGUGGAAGAAAGUUUACAUGUUCCUGCGGCGCUCAGGACUCUACUGCUCUACAAAAGGAACUUCAAAGGAGCCCAGACAUCUACAGUUACUAGCAGACCUUGAAGACAGCAACGUCUUCACUGUCAUCACAGGCAAAAAGCAGCAUGGUGCACCCACAGACUAUGAGUUCUGUAUCAAACCCAAUAAAGGUCGAGGAGAGUUGAAGGAGUUAAGGAUGCUGUGUGCCGAGGACGAACAGGGCAGGACCUGUUGGAUGACUGCCUUUCGACUCUUUAAGUAUGGGAUUGUAUUGUACCAGAAUUAUAAGAUUCCACAACAAAGAAAAACCUUACUUUCACACUUCUCAGCACCUGUGCGGAGUGUAUCUGAGAACUCCCUUGUGGCAAUGGAUUUCUCAGGGAGGAUAGGCAGGGUGAUUGACAACCCUGUGGAAGCUCAGAGCGCUGCCAUGGAGGAGGGACAUGCGUGGAGGAGGAAUCAACGAAUGAACAUAUUAGGCUCCCACAGUCCAUUGCACCACUCCUCACUAAGCUCAGUAAUCCACAUAGCUCAGUUGUGGUUCCAUGGCAGGAUAACGAGAGAAGAAUCCCAUCGCAUUAUCCACCAGCAGGGACAAGUAGACGGGCUGUUUCUGCUGAGAGUCAGUCAGAGUAACCCCAAGGCGUUUGUGCUCACAUUGUGCCAUCACCAGAAAAUUAAACAUUUCCAGAUACUACCGUGUGAAGAGGACGGCCAAGUCUUCUUCAGCCUUGAUGACGGCGCCACCAAAUUCACCGACCUGAUUCAGUUGGUGGAGUUCUACCAGCUCAACAGAGGAGUGCUGCCUUGUAAACUUAAACACCCGUGCACCGUCGUGGCCUUAUGACAUCUUCGGAUCAUCUGACCCCAUGACCCCUAUCACUUGACCUGACUGCCUAAAACAAACAUAAGAACUGUUAGUUGGUUCUUUUUGUUUUAUCUUUAUAAGAAGCUGGUGAAUUGACUGAUGUUUCAUUGUUUAUAUUGUCAUGAGUCUGCCGGAGACUGCUGACUUGUUGGAUUCCUUUUGGUUUGCAUAGAUGUAUGAGCAGGCGGAUGCACAACAUGCUCACAAGGUUCCACAGUCAAGAAGAGAAAAGAGAAAGGAAAUGAACACUGCCGUUUGUGUCAAUGCUGUUGCAAAAUCUUCCACAAUCUUGCUACCCAUAGUCAUCAAUAAGCUUGGACACAGUGACCCUCAAGGUUUUUCACGCAGCUCAAAUUUAGACUGCAUUUCCCUUCAACUGGACAAUCAGCAGGACUAUUCAACCUGUCGUAUGGACCACUCUACUCCCUGAGAACAAAGAGUAGUCUCAUCCAAACUUCACACAUCCUCAAAAAAUAUUAAUGUAGAUGGAGAGUUGAUUGUCUCUUUAGUUUUGCACUCAUCGAACUGGGAAUGGCAUUUGACAGUGCAUGACUUCACUGCUGUUGCGUUACUUAACUGUGAGAUGGUGCCACUGCCCUCUAGUGUCGUAUGCAUGUAAGGAACAUCUCAAAAUUCAACAUGGAUGAGAUUCGGAGGCACCACAAAGAGUGCUGCUUUUGAAUCCUUUUGAGGUUUGGAAACAUCAGAAGUUUGUCAGUCUAGCCUGGAGAAAAUGGCCAGGAAAAAUCUGGAACUGUUGAAACAAAGUAUUUUUUUUAAGAGUGGACAAUAAAAAAAAUCAGCAUUGUCCACCCCCACAAACAUUUAUUUGUUCAUCUCUUACCACACAGGUUCUCUUUUCUUAAUUACAUAUUCACUGCAGUCAUGUAUUGUUUUUAAUAUUGUCUUUAGUCCACCUUUUGCAUUUUGGACAGUUUCAGCUCAUUAGUUCAUUAUUCACAUAAGCUACAAUAAGGUCAUUCUGUACUUGUUAUUCUAUUGCACACCUAAAGUAUUUCCCAUGCAGCUUUCACAAAAAUGAAUAAGCAUUAAUCAAAACAUGGUGUCAUUCAGGGUGAAAUAAGAAGUCGUAAAGCUAGAAGAAUUUUGUAACCAGGUAGGCAGUUUUGGUUAUAGUAAGUUAAACCAGGUAACUAUUUUAGGGAAAUUAGCAAGUGCAGCCAUAUACAAUAGUUAACUGCAGGCAAAGACAUGAUUACAAAAGAUGCAGUAGGGCAAUGGAGAGUAUCAAUAUUUUGUGAUACUGCUCACCACAAAACAGGGAGGGAUAACCACUAGCAUUUCCUUCAGGUGUUUUUCAAGUGACAGCAAAUCAAAGGAAACAAACAAACAAACAAAAAUGUUAAAUGUCAAACAAAACCAGAUUAGACCACAGAUACAGAGUGGACCCUGUGGGAAAUGUCUGUCCUGGUUCUGGACCCUCUUUUCACAUAUGUUUCAUAUAUUGGUCCACAGAUUGCCUCCUAACUAUUUGAAGUCAGUGACAUGCAAACAUAAAUGUGGCAAGGAACAUGGUUGAUUAUGCUCUGACUCCACACCAAUACUAGACUCUGUGCAUUACAUUCCAUAUAAUGCGGCCUUUUUCUACCUGGAAGUACUUGUGAACCAUUAGUAUCACACACCUACUGCCUACUGCUUGCCACCUCUGUAUAAAUUCAGACAGACUGCCUAUGAAAAAGUUAGUUGCUGUCGCUACAGUGUGGGAAAAAAAUGUGUAAGGAGGAGAAUUUAACAAACAAGAUAGAUGAUUCAGACUUCAGACUGCAAAAGUACUACAGGGCCCAUUUUGAUUACUUUAACCCACUUCCCUUUAUUUUAACUUACUGAGUUGUCUCUGAAAAAUGUGUCUUUGAUUGAUGAUAAUGAAAGCAUCAGAUUGAAAACAGAGGGUUUGAAACUCUAAUCUUAGUUAGUUUAAAAGCACUGGAAACACCUGUCUUUUGUCCCAGACUCUGCAACCUUAGCUAAUGCCAGCCAAGGACAAUGAAACAUUUUUUUUCCAGAUAAUCUACAUAGGGAUAUCUUUUCAGCAUCUAAUGAUCAUACCUGACAGAAUGAAAUUAAACAGAUAACACAUAAAGGGCAAAACCCAGCCAUCUCAAAUCACGGGGAGACAUACAGUAGGUAAAUGCUCAAAGAUACUGGAAGUAUUAUUAAUGGCAUUUUUACUCCCAGUUAAUUCAGUUCAUGAUCACAUCAUUCUAAAUGUCUCACCAGAAAUAACUGUUUCCUCAUUUAAUGCCUGAAAUUUCUUAAAGAAAAAAGUUUUAUUUCGUCCAAGCUUUGGUGGUAGCUCUGCUUAGGUCACCAGCCAGCAGACAAUUAGAUAUGUAUUUUGUACUUACCUGUAAUGCAACAUCAACAGCCAUGACUUAUUUACCUGCAGGUUGUCUUAAAGUAUAUUGAAUAUCUGAGAUGCAGAAUAGCUGCACCAUAUUGACUCUCUGUGCAUUGUCACCAUUAUUUAUCUAAGAUGCAAUGACUCAAUCAUUUUUUAAAGUAUUGUUGCAGCAAAAUGUAUUUAUUUAUCUGGAUGUGACUGAUUACUUGAAAAUUUUAGAUUUAUUUUUCUCGGCGCUGUUCUGUAUUGUUUUCUUUUGUCAUUACCAUGAAAUGAUUGACCAGUGUGAUUUAUUAUUAUUAUUAUUAUUAUUANUAAUGACAUAGCAUCUAUUGAUGUAUUUUGUUUUCUUUUUUUGGUUGCAUUCAAAAACAAUUUUGUCAUCAACAUUUGUUAUGAAGUGAUGUUUUAAAGCACACUGGCAUCCACAGUGUUAACAUUGUCAUUCCAAUAGAUGACAUGUGGAAUGUUGUGGAAUUGAACACAAACAAAAAAUACCCAAAGUUUCCCAAAGCAUUAGUCACUAAGUUGUUUCCCCUUUUAAUUACUGUUCUCAUUUGUUCAAGAUCUAUAAUAAUAUCUUCCUUUUUAUGUUAAAACAACCCUCAAGUUUUCUCUUCACUGUUUAGAGAUGACUAGAAAAAAAAUAGAUAUUCAUUAAAGACAUUAAGCCACAAAUGUUUUGGGAAACUAGAGUUAAGUAAGCCUCAACAUUGCCUUGAAGAAAGAAUUGUUGAAAUCUAGAUGUAAAAAAAAAAAAAGCCUGCUAGAUUUAUGUAAUGCAAACCAUUACAGAGAGUCAUUGUUAGAUGGGCCACAGUACUGACCUCCUAUCAGCAGAAUGAAGAAACUUAAUUUAGUAGGUAGGUUUUAUUAUUGCCUGAAUGUGUAGGGAUUCUAUCACUGACAUCUGAUAGGUGAAUAUUUGGAGGAAAGGAUUAUAAUACUUUGGAGACAUCUCUGAAGUGUUCUAACCUAAAUCCUCUGAGAUUAGAUUCAGUUUACACACUCUUUGACUGAGGUGAAUGGUAGCAGAUGUAAAUAUAUGAUGGACAUGCGGCCUUUAAGGUUGGAGUUAGUAUUUGCAGAGAAACGGUUAUAUUCACAGAGUCUCACUCUAGGAGCAAAAGGCAAAAAGCAAAUUCAAUUAGUGAACAGAUGAAAAAGAAAUCAGGGGAUUUGGAUAUCCACAUUUUUAUUCUUAACAGAAAUGAAUGUAACUGGGUUUCUCAGGGUUGACUUGGAGCAUGUUGAAAAUUACUGAUCCAUCAGAUCCUUUAUGUACAAGAUGAUGAUGGAUUCUUAAAUAUUUUAGUUUCUCCAAGGAGUGUCACCAAUCUGCUAGUUCUGAAAAAGUAUACCUGCAGCAAAAUUGAGUAGAUCCAAUACUAUUUAAAGAGUACAGCAAACUGUGUUGUUGAAACUGUUUAUUAAGCCGUUUAUUAAAAAUAGCCUAAAAUA